GAGAUAUUGUGCGGUGACACGGUGACGCGAGUGACGACAAAAAUCAGCAUCAUCCAAUUUUAAAUUUUACGGCUACCUACUUUCCACCAGAGGAGGUAUAGAUAUUGUAAAAGAUAGAUAAAUAUAGACAAGCCUGAUAUUUAUUCCACUUUAUUAUACCGUUAUUUGAAUACACAUUUUUAUUAAUAACACUUUAGUCUAAUAUACAAUACAGUGUAAUUGCUCGAAUCUGUUUACACAAUUGUAUCUGCCUCGCUAUAAUCACUGUGCGGUGCGGUAUACCUACCGUGUGUACAUUCAUUUGCAGCUAUAUUGUUCGAAUUUUGAGAACUGUGAAACUUUUGGAUAUAAAUUCUUGUGAUAAUUCGUAUGUCAGUUAAGAUAUUCGAUAGCUGUCAUUCACAACACUUAUUCUCCUCAUAUCGGUAUCUAAUAAGCCGUGGCGUUAGUGUCGUCAGGAAAUGUGGAGAUUUUGAAAAUUCGAAAAUACGAUUUUUCAUUUCAUAAAGUGCAAAUACAGUAACGCGAAUACUCGUGGAGUAAUUUUUUUUUUUUUUUUUUUGCAAUAAUAAUUUGUUCGUUACAUUUUAACGCGCAACGCAACGCAACGACGAAGAAAUAAUGGCAAAGUUAGUUGGACGAGUUUCAGCAGUUUUACUUGUGUUAUGGGGAAUUGCAUCUGUAUGCGAGGGUUUGCGUCUUCCUUACGAGCCACCAUCUGGAAUUCACGAAGAUGCUGCAUACUGGCGUAAAAUUGGUCUACAAACUCUAAAGAAAAAACUUGCAACUUCAAGUGUGACAAAUCUUGAAGAUCACAAGGCUAAAAAUAUCAUUAUUUUCGUUGGCGACGGUAUGGGCAUGACAACUAUAACAGCUGGUCGAAUUUUCAAAGGACAAAGAUAUGGAUCAAAUAAUGGUGAAGAAGUUUCUCUAUCAUUUGACGAUUUCCCUCAUACUGGUCUUGCAAAGACUUACAACGUAGAUAAGCAAGUUCCUGACUCAGCUGGAACAGCAACAGCAAUGUUUUGUGGUGUAAAGACACUUUAUGGGGUUGUUGGUCUGGACACAACUUGCGACAUUAAUGACCCAGCCAAGGGACGAGUUCCUUCAAUCAUGGACUGGGCCCAAUCUGUAGAAAAACGAACUGGUAUUGUGACAACAACGAGAGUUACACAUGCUACACCAGCAUCAACAUAUGCCAACAGCUACGAUCGGGACUGGGAAUGCGAUUCAAAGAUUCCAGAGGACAUCAGAAAUAUGCAUGUGGAUAUUGCUCGUCAGUUAGUUGAUCAUGCUCCAGGCAAGCAUUUCAAUGUUGUUAUGGGUGGUGGACUCAAGCCAAUGGGUGCCCCACAUUUGAACGAAAAGAAAACUUGGAACUUUACUGGAGACACCGAAACAGUGUGCUCCCGUACGGAUGGCAGGAAUCUUGUUGAUGAAUGGCUUGCAAUGCAAGCGAAUGGAAGUCGUACAUUUGUUCAGACCCGCGAACAAUUAAUGAGCAUGGACACACAAGAUAUUGAACAUGUAAUUGGUCUCUUUAGGAACAAUCAUUUGACUUAUAAAAUUGGUGCCGAGGACGGCGAACCGGAGCUUAAGGAUAUGGUUGAACAAGCUAUCAAGGUUUUGCAUCGUCCUAAUUCAAAUGGAUAUGUUCUAAUGGUUGAGGGAGGUCGAAUUGAUCAGGCACAUCAUCAAAACUAUGCCCGUGCAGCACUUCAGGAAGUAUUAGAAUUCGAUAAGGCUAUCGAAACAGCCAUGCAUUUGACAAGCAGAGAUGAUACUUUGAUCAUUGUGACUGCUGACCAUUCGCAUGCAAUGACUUUCAACGGAUAUCCUGUACGUGGAAAUGACAUUUUAGGUUUUGCUAAUAAGACAGCUAACGAAAAACCAUACGAGACAUUAACCUAUGCUAACGGCCCUGGUUACGAUGAGCAUAGGAAAAAUAACUCAGUUUCGGGCUCGACAAGCAGCGACAAUACGUGGAUCUCAGUUGAAGAGCUUGGACAUAAACGCCAAAAUCCAACUUACCGUCAUAUGGCUUCAUUCAAAUUGAAGGACGAAACUCAUGGUGGUGAAGAUGUAGUUGUGUUUUCAAGUGGACCAGGCUCCGAACUCAUUCGUGGAGUGUUUGAACAGAAUUAUUUGGCAUAUGUGAUGAGCUAUGCUGGUUGCAUGGGCCCAGCCAAGGAUAUAGAUGACUCUUGUUAUCCUAAAUCGAAUGUCGAGCAUAAAAAUUUAGAAACUAGUGGUAGCACUAGCGAUAGUCAUGGCCAUGGCCAUGGCCAUACCACCCAUAGCCAUAGCGACGAUACCAAUACCGGCCAUAGGCAUAGCCAUAACCAUAGUGAUGACGAUAAGGAUAGCACUUCUGGAAGUGAAGAAAAAUUCCUUGGCCCAUGGAAGCUAAUAACAGCAAUAUUGUGUUUGCUAGUUUGGAGAGUAUAAGUUCGGUGUAACUUAUUUUAUAUAAUUUAAAUUUAAUUUUUAUUUUUUUGUUUGAUUUGGUUAUGCCCAUUUGGCUAAACACAUACACACACUUCUUAAGAUUUUAAUAAAUUGUUAAUUGAAAAACAUUUCAUUUAAAUUUCAUAUAAUAAAAUAAAUAUACAAAUGCAUUAAA